UUUUCAUUACGGCCACGCAUGUGUGGCACGUGAUAAAUUGAAGGAGAGUUUGUUAUUCUGAUAACGUGUUUAUACUGAUUUUAUAUUUGUUAGAAAUUAGUGUAAAAAUCUCAGUAAGAUGGCGAAAUUUUGUUUAAACAAACCGAGCAAACGAAUGCCUGCACGGAAAAGGUAUAAAAUUGAAAAGAAAGUCCGUGAACACAAUAAGAAAUUGAAAAAAGCAGCUAAAAAAAAUCCUAAAAAAAAGCAAAAGGUGAUAGAAGUUCCGAACCAAUGCCCCUUUAAGGAAGACAUACUAAAAGAAGUAGAAGCUAUGAAGAAACAACACGAGGAGGAAAAGCAGAAGCAACGUGAAGCUGCUCGUGAAAAGAAGCAAAAGUUUGUUAAAGGAGGUCUACAAGGAUUAGUUUCAGCAGCAGAACAGAAACAAGCUGAACAUAAAGAGAUGGAAGUUGACAAUGUACACGAAAAGAUAAAAGGUGCUUUAGCUAAAGAAGAGAAUUCCUUGAAAGCUUACUAUAAAGAGUUCAAAAAAGUAUUAGAUGCAGCUGAUGUUAUUCUUGAAGUAGUUGAUGCUAGAGAUCCUUUAGGAACCCGAUGUAAACAGGUUGAGGAAGCAGUUCAGUCUGCACAAGGAAAUAAGCGAUUAGUAAUUGUUCUAAAUAAGGCAGAUUUAGUACCAAGAGAAAACUUAGAUCAGUGGUUGAAGUAUUUACGUGGCAGUUUACCUGCUGUAGCAUUCAAAGCAUCUACACAAAUUCAAGCAAGGAGAUUAGGUAGAAGAAAAUUAGGGAAGAAAACAGAGACUAUGAUACAAGGUGCUACCUGUUUUGGUGCAGAGUUACUUUUAUCUUUGCUUGCAAAUUAUUGUAGAAAUAUUGGUAAUGUUAAAACUAGUAUUCGAGUGGGAGUUGUUGGGCUCCCAAAUGUUGGCAAAUCUAGUGUAAUUAAUUCCUUGAAACGGAGCAGAGCUUGCAGUGUGGGUAGCACGCCAGGAGUAACAAAAGCCAUGCAAGCAGUACAGUUGGAUUCAAAAAUUAAAUUAUUGGACUCACCAGGAAUAGUUAUUGCUAGCCAUGCUCCAGGGGAGAACCCUGAUGAAUCAUCGGUAGCUCUCAAAAAUGCUGUAAAAGUACAGUCCUUGAAGGAUCCAUACACACCAGCAACUGCAGUUUUAAAGAGAGUCUCUAAGCCACAAAUAAUAGAACUGUACGAUAUACCAGAAUUUUCGACACCGGACGAAUUUUUCGCUUUAAAAGCGACUAGAAUGGGAAAGUUUAAGAAAGGCGGUAUACCUGAUACUAUGGCGGCAGCUCGCAGCGUCUUAGAAGAUUGGAAUUCCGGGAAAAUUAGAUACUAUACCGUACCACCUGAACAACCUACGUCUCAAAUAUCCGCGGAAAUUGUGAGCCAGAUGAGUAAAGAGUUCGAUAUCGAAAGUUUCGCUGCGGAAGAAAAAAUGAUGCUCGAUACUUUCGAAGAAGAAACUGCAAAAAAAUCGAAACUUGAUCCCUUGUUAAUUGAAACUACCGGGCCGGUACUAUCGGCAAUGGAAGUUGAGAAGGAGAAAGAAACACAAAUUAAAAUCCAGAACAAGUUGAAAAAAAAAUUGGAAAAUGCAAAGAAGCAUGCGCAACAGACAAGAAAGAAGAAAACAGAUCCAAUGUUUGAAUUAGAAGGCAAUCAGAAAUUGAAUAAGUUGAAUAAACUAGCUUUUAAGAAAGAGAAAAAAGAUCGGGCUAGGAGAGAAAAGGUAUCCGUUCAACUGUCGAGUCAACUAGAAGGAUUCAAUCUAUCGACUCGUGACGAUUACGACUUUAAUACAGAUUUCGUUGAAAAGUAGGCAUUGAAAAAGUAUUCAAUGAUUAUGAGUAAAACUGACGAAAUGAUUGAAAUCAAUCUGUGGAAAAUACAUUUGUAUGUAUAAUGUAAAUAAUAAG